AUGAAGAGAGGUGUGAACGAAAAGCAGACGGAUUUAAUGAAUUUCCUUAAGGGGAAGAAGAACGAAAAUACACCGAAAGAAGAGAAAGGCGAUGAAAAGAAGAAGAUUGGAAAGACGUAUGGGAGUGAUGACGUGUACAGUCAUCCACUAUUUAAACAUUUGACUGAACCGGGGUGGAGAGAAAUAUUAAAACCUAUAUUUCAAAAAUAUAUUAACAGCGAAAGUGUUAAAACAAUUACUGAGAGUUACACGAAGGGAAAGAUCUACCCUCCUAUUGAAGAAGUCUUUGCUGCGUUCAAUGAAACGCCAUAUGACACUUUAAAAGUUGUUUUAAUAGGACAAGACCCAUAUAUCAAGGAGAAGCAAGCCCAUGGGUUGUGUUUCAGUGUUAACAAAGGUGUUGCUGUCCCUCCUUCUUUAAAGAACAUAUACAAAGAGCUGAAACGCACAAUUCCAGACUUUCAGAUACCGAAACAUGGAUAUUUGAUUGAGUGGGCAAGACAAGGGGUAUUAAUGCUUAACGCCACGUUAACAGUCAUUGCUGGCAAGUCCAAUUCGCACGAGAAACUGUGGAAACCAAUCACUGAUGAUAUAUUACAGACUAUUGCCUCACAAAAGACCAAUUUGGUUUAUCUCCUUUGGGGCUCUUUUGCUCAGAAAAAGGCGUCAUGUGUCGACGCGAAGAAAAAUUGUUGUUUGAAGGCGCCGCAUCCUUCUCCUUUAGCAAAAGGGUUUGAUGGGAACAAUCACUUUGUAUUAUGUAACGAGUAUCUUACAGCACAUAAUACCACACCAAUCGACUGGAAAAUUACUCCAUAA